AUGAGCUUUGUUCUGUUAAAGCUACGCCCCGCUUAUAAGAUCAAGUCUACACCGCGGAAAGCAAGCGCUUGGCCUAUUGCGUCUAUCAGAAUGUAUUCUCAAAGGCCUACCUGGCUAGAAGUAUGCUGCAACGAUUCAAGACCGACACCAACAUUGUUUGCCUGGAAUCUGUCGAAUCUACCCUCCUACAGCGGCUCUGAAUAUGCAACAUCCUCAGCAUCCGGUGAUUCUGAAAAACGUAUAUACGUUCUAGGGGUUGGUAACCUUGGCCGUCUUUUUGCAUCCUCACUCGCUCAGGCCCCUGAUAAACCUCCCAUCACCCUGGUUGUGCACAGAAAAGAGCUUCUGGAACAAUGGAACGAGGGUCAAGGCAUUGAAAUUGUACGAAAAGGCGAAACCGAGAGGAACAAAGACUUCGAUAUCGAGUGGUGGACCGAAAAUGAGCCCGAUACUGGUCCUAUACGAGAAGUUGCCGAGGGUGAGAAAUUGAGCAAUCUCAUAAUUACGACAAAGGCUUCAGCUGCUUUACCACAAGUCGAUCGUGUUCGAGGAUAUCUCGAUCGAAACAGCACGGUGCUUUUCGUACAAAACGGAAUGUCCAAAUUAUGGCCACCCCAUGGAUCAUCGUAUGUUUCUCAUCGCUAUCAUAGCAGUCAUGAGCCAAACUACUUGGCUUGUGUUACAACACAUGGCGUCACUUCCCAAGGAACCUUUAAAAGCCUACAUGCCUCUCUGGCAGAUGUGGUUGUCGGCGCAGUUCUUCCAAAUUCCUUAUCGAUUGAUAGGACGACAUACCUGAUGAAGCAGUUGCUCGAAGCACCGCACUUGGACGCCAGAGCAGUAUCGCGAGGAGAACUGUGGAUACUUCAGUUGGAAAAGUUGGUAGUCAACGCUGUGAUAAACCCCUUGACAGCCAUCCUUGGAUGCAAGAACGGUGCUUUGUUCGACGAAACCAAUAAAGUUCUUACCCAGGUUAUUGACCAGCUCUUGAGCGAGGCAAGCCAAGUACUCCAACUUCUGGUGGCCCAUGACAGCAGUGCAGAAAUCCUUGGAAAACAGGAAAAGCAAUUACCGGCAGAGCCAGAGGCUACCAUUGAUCUUUCGCCUAAAAGCUUACACGAGAGAUUCUCUCACUCCCAACUGAAAAACAUGAUCUAUCAAGUGGGUCACAAGGUCAGGGACAAUACAAGCUCCAUGCUGCAAGAUGUGCGCGCCGGCAGAUCAACCGAGAUCAGGGACUUUAACGGCUGGCUAGUCGAGAUGGCAGCUUUUCUAGAUCCAGAGUUGAACGUUACAUGCCACGGCAAAUUGGUUGAGCUGGUGGAGGCUGGCCGUACCCUAGAUGUGGAUCAACUCGGAGACUACUUCAGCUGUUCCGGGACGGAUACAAGGAACUCAUGA